CCAUAUCCAUCCUCCGCCAUGAUAGCCUCGUGAUGGCUUCCGCGAGCGACAUCCUCACACUCGUGAGCUCACUGGCUCUGCGAGUCAGUAUCUACAUCUUUUUGCGAUGGAUUCCGACCACGAUCGCCCCUCCACUCGCGACCGCUCUGACCCUAGUCUACCUUCCAUCAUUCUUCAUCAGCCUUCAGGACACGGCCCCCUUUAAGGUGAUAUCCGACGAACUUGACAUAAUCGUGAAGGAGACGGUCGCAAGGGGCAGCUCGACCUCUGACUCCUCGGAAGAUAUUGAGCUGAUAGAAGGCGUUGAGGAUGGACCACUGCAAGAGCUAGACGUCGAGGAGACAAUUCAGUAUGAGGAGAGGAAGCCGAAGAUACUGCGGACGCUGCUUACGGGCAUGCCGAGCCCCUCUUCGCUGCUAUGGUCCUGGGUUACGUUCGCUAUCAAUGUGACAUUGAUUGUGAUGGCAUUGGACAUGGUCUACCGCGCGCCCAUGUUCCACUCCUGCCAUCAUGCGUCCUUUGGCCGUCUAGGCUAUAUUUCCGAGCACACCGCCAACAUUCUAGUGCGGGAGCCGUAUGCGUUCGACGUCAAAGUUCUCUACCGGUCGAUCGAUGAGCCAAAUCGCUCGUGGAUGCGAAAGAUACUCCAUUCGAGCCAACCGGAUUACUGGACGAAAAACGAAACUGAUUUUACCGCAGCCAUCUCUCUGGACCAUCUGCGCUCGGACACACCGUACGAGUAUGUCAUUGAGACAUCAAGCGGUAACACGACAGGCACCUUCAUUACCGCCCCUCGCCCCGGGCGCGUCUCAUUGCUCAAAGACGGCAAAUACACCUUUGUCCACUCAAGUUGCAUCAAGCCCCGCGUCCCAUACACACCCUGGCAGCAUCCGCUUGAGUUUCCCGGAAUGGCGCAUCUUGCCCGCUGGUUGCCUGAACUCCGGCCCUACUUCAUGCUCUUCCUAGGAGACUUCAUAUACGUCGACGUGCCACAACGGUUAGGCACGGAGGCUGAGCACUACCGCCGCGAAUACCGCCAGGUUUACUCGUCCCCGUCCUGGCCCGCAGUGAGCAAGAACCUACCCUGGAUCCAUGUCAUCGAUGACCACGAGAUUGCGAACGACUGGAAUGGUAACAUGACCGGCGUGGCUGUCCCCGCGUAUGACGCCUUCACUCAUUACCACGUCGCAGUCAAUCCGCCCCCGCACCGCAAGGGACACACGUACUUCAGCUUCACGCAGGGUCCAGCCCAGUUCUUCCUCGUAGAUACUCGCCGCUACCGAAGCCCCGAAAACAAGAACCCUAACGAUGAGUCUAAGACAAUGCUCGGUGAGCCUCAGCUAUCGGACCUGCUCGCCUGGGUAAGCAAACCGCCACCAAAAGGAGUUCACUGGAAGAUCAUCGUCACCGGCGUCCCCUUUACCAAGAACUGGCACUUCGGCACAGAAGACACGUGGGGCGGCUACCUAUUCGAGCGGCGCAAGAUCCUCGAGGCAGCUUGGGAUCUCAGCUCCGCCCACGGCGUCGGGGUCGUCGUUCUCAGUGGCGACCGUCACGAAUUCGCGGCGACUUCCUUCCCGCCACCCAAAGACUCCAAGUGGCCGAUUAGUGCGACGGUACAUGAGUUCAGCACUAGUCCGCUCUCUAUGUUCUAUCUCCCAACCCGCACGUACGAUGAAACCGACGACGAGGACGUCUGCAUCAAGUAUCUUCCGGAUGGAAAUAGCAAGUUUGGCGCUGUUGAGAUUACGGCGCCCGACCAUAGCGAGCAGAGUCUACUGAAUUAUCGGCUGUUUAUUGAUGGCAAGGAGGCGUGGACACAUGUCAUUUCGACGCCGCCCACGAGGGACGGGAGCAAGAGGGCGAAGGAUGCGGUGUGGGGAUAGGUCACCCCGCUCAUUCUUCUCAGUCGUACUACUUUCUUUCUACGGGAACGCGAUCUAAGGUUCGCAUGGACAGCACGCAUUGAGCGGUGUUUGGGAUACAUCCGGGAUUUGUUCAGGACAUAGCAAGCGGUUCAUCGCACAAGGGGCAAACUUCUCUUCUGUAGGUAGACUAACGCUCUCAGACGAUCUGCGAGCUCCAUAAACGAGAAACUGCCUAGGUAUUCCAUUUCGACCUCGCCUUCUCUUCAUCCUCUCUGCUCCACUCACGCGGCAGCACCGCGAAGACAAGAUACGACGUAUGCGUCUUGAUCUCGGGUUCGGUGCGAUGCACCAGCCUCCCCUCCUUGAACAGGUUCCUGUUUUCCAAGUCCUUCUUCGCGCGCUCCAGCCGGUCAUGCUUCGACGGCGGUAC